AAGAUAGCAUGUUAGGGUAAACAGAUGUGAUAAAGUAACCUAAAAGCUGAAUGCUUGAUAAAAGACCACAAAGUUAGAUUUUGUGUUAAAGAAAUCUGUUUGGUAGAGGUGAGAAAGACAAGAAGUUGAAUACUGCUGCAAGAACCAUCAGCAAGGUUCUUCCAGUCUGUGUCAAGCUGAGAGCUCGCUGGUCUCCUUAGGGAGCAGGCCUGCCCCAGCACUGCCUACAGGCUCAGUCAUUCCUCCUCUGGGCACUCCAAGUUCAUUUUUAAUGGAGUUUUGUCAAGGCUUUGUUCAAGCUGUGCCUCUUUGCUGCCUUACACCUGGGUAAGAGCUGUGUGAGCCAAGGAGAACCGCUGCCAGCUUUGACUGCACCUUAUCCACAGCAAUGAACGUUGUAAUAGAGAUGUGGAGACAGAAACAGACAUCACCAUUCAUAUCUCAGAGAGUGUAUUUUAAUAAAACAAGAAAUUACAGGAAACAAAACGAUGUUACAUUGUAGUGCCACAAAUGGUUAUAGGUGGCUGUGGGAAAAACAAGGGUUGCAGACAGCAAUGGAAACAGUGCAGAGAAGUAGAAUGAGCAUUUUCUGAUAUAGGAAAAAACAACAGUACGGAGAAUUGGAAUGAGCACUUCUUGAUAUGAGAAAUUAAAUGCAUUUGUUCUGUGGCCUCGAUGGUGUCUGCCAGAGGCUCUCCCCCUCCUGCUGGCAGAGUAACAGGGCCUGCAGAGCUGCAGAUGCUUCUGACACUGCUUCCAGGAUGGGAGUUGGGCUCUGCAUGGUAACUGAGGGGUAUGCAGGGUGCACUCUGCAGGGAGAGCCACAAUAACAACGCAGGGGAACGGGAAACCACCUGCAGCAGUGUCUGCCUCAGUCACGCUGACUCACAUGUCCACCAAACCGGACUAAAAUAAAAACACAUCUGAGGGACGGAAUUUCGAGUACUGACCACAGUGAUCAGUGAGAUCUGCCUCCGUGUCAGCCCCUUGGCUGAGGUGCUCAGUGCCUCUGUGGCACAGCAGCGGGGAUGGAUCCCUGUAUGAGGGUGCACCAGCAGUGCAGUGCAGUGCUCGGAGGCCAUCUCCUCCUGGAGCAAGAGAAGUCCUUCAGGGGAUGUCAGGCUGCUUCUCACCUCGCAGCAUCAGGCACUCAUUUAAUUGAUUUUUAUCAUUUUUAAUGGGUCAAAGGACUGGGGACAAAGGAGCUAAUUUCUAAUCCAUAUUCAGUGCUCUGUAUGAGCCUGUGUUACUUCCUCCUCUUUGAAAUCAAUUUGCAAUGAAAAUAACGACCCCAGCUCCUGGGUUUCGGCUCAGAGUAAGAGAAGACCCUUUAAAGAACAAUAAUUCAUUGCUCUGGGGGUGCAGCUUCUCACGGUGCGGAUUUUAUUUAAAAGGAAAAACAAAAGUUUCUGUCUCCCGAGGUCUGCCCAGGUCCAGGACUCGGGGUUUAUCGGCUCUUUUUUAACUCACCCUUCGCCUCUCCGGAGAGAAACUCCGCCCGUGGCAACAGCAGCCUUUGCCCUCCGCGCCGCUGUGACUUGGGGCGAAUCGGUGGCGGAAAUUGUAGAAAAAACGCGCUUUUUCGCCUCUUAAGAAACACAAAAUGAGCGGGGAGAAGGGAGCUCUGCGCCGUGCGGCGGGGCGGGCUCUGCAGCGCACCAAUCACCGCGCGGCUCCGCUCUAUAAAUACGAGGCCGCCGACUUGCUCCAGGCCCAGUGGUUCCCCCCGAUCUGUGGACGACGGCCGUCACCAUGUCGGAGACCGCGCCCGUUGCCGCGCCCGCGGUGUCUGCGCCCGGCGCCAAGGCCGCCGCCAAGAAGCCGAAGAAGGCGGCGGGCGGCGCCAAAGCCCGCAAGCCCGCGGGCCCCAGCGUCACCGAGCUGAUCACCAAGGCCGUGUCUGCCUCCAAGGAGCGCAAGGGGCUCUCCCUCGCCGCGCUCAAGAAGGCGCUGGCCGCCGGCGGCUACGACGUGGAGAAGAACAACAGCCGCAUCAAGCUGGGGCUCAAGAGCCUCGUCAGCAAGGGCACCCUGGUGCAGACCAAGGGCACCGGCGCCUCCGGCUCUUUUAAGCUAAAUAAAAAGCCGGGCGAGACCAAAGAGAAAGCGACUAAGAAGAAGCCUGCGGCCAAGCCCAAGAAGGCACCGGCCAAGAAGCCCGCGGCUGCUGCCAAGAAGCCCAAGAAGGCAGCAGCAGUGAAGAAAAGCCCCAAGAAAGCUAAGAAGCCGGCGGCUGCCACCAAGAAGGCAACCAAGAGCCCCAAGAAGGCUGCUAAGGCUGGCCGCCCCAAGAAGGCUGCCAAGAGCCCGGCCAAGGCAAAGGCAGUGAAACCCAAAGCUGCCAAGCCCAAGGCAGCCAAACCCAAGGCAGCCAAGGCAAAGAAGGCAGCAACCAAAAAGAAGUAGGAUGACAGAAGAAAUUCGAGUCUGCUCGUUUAAAUAAACCCAAAGGCUCUUUUAAGAGCCACCCACUUAGUCUCAAAAAGAGCUGGAAUGCUGCGGGAACCGCGGCAGCGCAGCUAAUCAUCUCAGUUGCGAAGAUUCAGCUUGCGCCUUAGCUGCAACUCGCACGGGAGUUUGAGAGCCCCUUCCGUCAAGGGCUACGUGCUGUUCGGGAGCAGGGCGCAAGCAGCGGCGCUUCCCCGCCCGCUGACGGACGCAGCCCAGCCGGGCGGGGCGGUGCCAGCCUUGCGCUCCUACUUGGGGAGGGGUUUAAAUAACCCGCGCUAGGCUGUGAUUGGUUCGCUUCAGCACCGCCCCCUCCCGGCACUGCCCCCGCUCCCGUCCCGUGCGCCGACGGAGCCGCUCGCUCGUCUCCGCCCCAUCCCGUCCCCGGCGUUCGGUGCGGGAACCGCCGCCUGCGCGGCCCCAUGGCUGCUUUUGCCCAGUGGAGAAGCGGUGUGCGGUCCUUCCCCGUCCGAUGAUGGAGUGCGCGACAGGGGAAAGGGAAAAGGAAGCGCUGGUUCGAAACAGCGUCGCCUAGGGGACUGCUUUCCAUCCGUUUAUUAAUGAAUGAAAGAGGGAGAAAUAAGAUUAUUUUUUAAGGGUGGGCUGCUACAAUGUAUGUAACGCGAACUUUUUUUUUUUUUUAACAGCAAUGCUGAUUUUCUAUUAGGAAUAGAUUACUAGAGUACGUAAAAAUAUCCUUGGCAUAACAUUUACCACGAGAAUCAAAAGCAAAACAAAGCACUCACCUUCCCGACGGGGUCGUCGCAGCAGAGAGCAGCAGAGGCUGCUGCUGGAGCCGUGUGUACCGUGCUGCAGUAAUAGCACGGUUACAGAGCAACCCCGUUAACUCCGUGAGUUGCUACUGCUCAAUUAAUUCGGAACCGAGACCUCCAAAAUGCUCAAUUAAGCUAUUAUUUUUUGUUAUUUACAGCUCAAGCAUUCACAUUCGUUUCACUCUAUUAAAAACCCACGCUAUGCUCCUCAGAAAAAGUAACG